AUGGCUGAGGCCCAAGCUCUCCUCCAGUCUCUCUCCGAGGACUACCAGAAACUUCAGCAAGACCUACAGAACCAUGUGGCGGCAAGGCAGAAGCUAGAAGGGCAGAAGCAAGAAAACCUCGGCGUUCAAAAGGAGUUUGACAACCUGGGUGACGACGAGACCAUCUACAAGCUCGUGGGACCAGUACUGCUUAAGCAAGAUAAGGUGGAGGCAGAAAGCACGGUCAAAGGCCGGCUUGACUUUAUUGGCGCCGAAGUCUCGAGACUGGAGACCCAAGUCACAGAAACGCAGGAGAAGCUCGAACGAAAAAAAGCAGAAAUUAUCCAAGUACAGGCGAGCGCACAGGGGGCGGCAGUUGGCCAGGGCAAGCAGCCGACUCAAUGA